AUGCCUGUAUAUCGGGAAUGUAGACAACGUGGUGAAUCUAUUAAAUCGAAAUGCGCUCCGAUGGAUUAUAUUUGUCAAUGUGAUGCUCUUAAAGCAAUUCAACUUUGUUUCUUGCAAUGUACCGACGAUAUAAAUAUUUCGAAUGAAGGAAAAGCUUACGAGCCUGCCGUCGCUCAAAUUUGUUCACUCGGUACCAGUCAAAGUCUUACAAGAUAUCCUAUGCCUACAACCACAGUUAGCCUCGCAACCACAUCAUCGACCCCUCCAACCAAUAUAAAAAAUAGUGGCGGUAGCGUAGAACGAUGCUGGAAUGAAUUAUUGAUAGUCGGUGGCGUGAUUGCUUUUUGGCUUUUUAAUGAGCAAGCAUUAAAAUUGUUAGUCGCUGCAUAA